GUGCCGGCUCAGAAACCGCCGGCACAGAUCAGAGGAGCCGGGAGCGGGAACGGGAGCAGCAGCGGAGCCGGGACGCGAGGCGAGCGGCAGCAGCAGAGACAGACACAGAGACAGGCACUAGAUGCGAAAGCAGCAAGACACGAAAAAAGAAAACCCACCCUGAUCGACACAUCCAUAAAAGCAGAGUGAUGAUGAUGAACAUACUAAUACCAAUAAAAGAAGAAAAUGAAAGACCUUUAAUAGAAGAGAGAAAAAUCUGAAAUCCUCACAUUAAAAAAAAAAAAAAAGGAAAAAGAAAAAGAGGAAAUCCUAGAAUCAGGGAAUGAAACUUUUGGGUAGCAAAGCUGUUCUCUGCCUUUUUUUUUUUUUUUUGAUAUGAAAUCUUUUUGCAGUUAAUUUUUUUUUCAAUUUCGCGGUUUCCUGCCUUUUUCUUCCAUCUAAAGAGGGCAUGUCCACCGGCUGUUCCAGCAGCAUCUACCCCUCCAGCUCCCACCAGGAAGACAAACCGAGGACAAUCUUGAAAUAUAAAAAUUUCUUCCUUGGGAUUUGCUGCUGCUGCUGCCUCCACCGCCACUGCUGCUGCCGCGGUGCAGUGCCAAGACUCUCGGAAUAAAUAAAAGCGGGCUACUGUGUAUCUCUAGCUACAGCCAGCUAAUACCUAUUAUUAGUUGGUCAUUUAUUUCGAAGAUCACAGAUGAAGUGGGGACGCCUGUCUUCUUCAUUUGGUCAGCGUGUGAAAUAAUAAUACCCAUGACAAAAAGGAGGGAGAUGGGGGAGAGAAAAAUCCUAACAUGAAUCAGAAGAAAUAGUAUCUAGCACACUCCCUCCCCCCAAAUCAACCUCCCCCCUCCCUUUUCUUCCCCCCUCCCCUGAUCCCGCUCUCUCCACACGCUUGCAGGCGCGGACACACACACACAGACGCGCACACAGACACACACAGACGCGCACACACACACUGUAGAGUGUAUUUUCGGAGGAGGAGGAGGUGGUGGUGGCUUUUGGAAGAGGAGGAAGAGGUGGUGUCGGGGAGGGGGGAUCUCUUUCCCCGUUUGGAGAUGAUUGUGCUAUUCCUCUUUGCCUUGCUCUGGAUGGUGGAGGGGGCCCUUUGCCAACUCCAUUACACGGUGCAGGAAGAGCAGGAGCAUGGCACGUUCGUGGGGAAUAUCGCCGAGGACCUGGGCUUGGACAUUACAAAACUUUCGGCUCGGCGCUUCCAGACGGCGCCCAACUCCCGCAGCCCUUACCUGGAGCUCAACCUGGAAACCGGGGUGCUCUACGUGAACGAGAAGAUCGACCGGGAGCAGAUCUGUAAGCAGAGCCCCUCCUGCCUGCUGCACCUGGAGGUCUUCCUGGAGAACCCCCUCGAGCUGUUCCGGGUGGAGAUCGAGGUGCUGGACAUCAACGACAACCCGCCCUCCUUCCCGGAGCCCGACCUCACCGUGGAGAUCUCGGAGAGCGCCACACCGGGCACCCGCUUCCCGCUGGAGAGCGCCUUCGACCCCGACGUGGGCACCAACUCCCUGCGCACCUACGAGAUCACUCCCAACAGCUACUUCUCCCUCGACGUGCAGACGCAAGGGGACGGCAACCGCUUCGCCGAGCUGGUGCUGGACCAGCCGCUGGACCGGGAGCAGCAGGCGGUGCACCGCUACGUGCUGACGGCGGUGGACGGCGGGCAGCCCCAGCAGCGCACCGGCACCGCCCUGCUCACCGUCAGGGUGCUGGACUCCAACGACAACGUCCCCGCCUUCGAGCAGCCCGUCUACACUGUGUCGCUGCCGGAGAACUCCCCGCCGGGCACCCUGGUGCUGCAACUCAACGCCACGGACCCCGACGAGGGCCAGAACGGCGAAGUCAUCUACUCCUUCAGCAGCCACAUCUCGGCCCGCGCCCGGGAGCUCUUCGGCAUCGCGCCGCGCACCGGGCGGCUGGAGGUGAGCGGUGAGCUGGACUACGAGGAGAGCAGCGUGUACCAGGUGUACGUGCAAGCCAAGGACCUGGGGCCCAACGCCGUUCCGGCCCACUGCAAGGUGCUGGUGCGGGUGCUGGACGCCAACGAUAACGCGCCCGAGAUCAGCUUCUCCACUGUCAAGGAGGCGGUGAGCGAGGCGGCGGCGCCGGGCACCGUGGUGGCCCUUUUCAGCGUCUCGGACCGCGACUCGGAGGAGAACGGGCAGGUGCAGUGCGAGCUGCUGCAGGGCGAUGCGCCCUUCCGCCUCAAGAGCUCCUUCAAGAACUACUACACCAUCGUCACCGAGGGGCCGCUGGACCGCGAGCAGCCGGGCGGCGACGCCUACACCCUCACGGUGGUGGCCCGGGACCGCGGCGAGCCGCCGCUCAGCACCAGCAAGUCCAUCCAGGUGCGGGUGAGCGACGUGAACGACAACGCGCCGCGCUUCAGCCAGCCCGUGUACCAGGUGUACGUGAGCGAGAACAACGUGCCCGGUGCCUACAUCUACGCCGUCAGCGCCACCGACCGCGACCAGGGCGCCAACGCCAGGCUCGCCUACUCCAUCCUGGAGAGCCAGAUCCAGGGCAUGUCCGUCUUCACCUACGUCUCCAUCAACUCCGAGAACGGCUUCCUCUACGCCCUCCGCUCCUUCGACUACGAGCAGCUCAAGGAGUUCAGCUUCCAAGUGGAGGCCCGGGACGCCGGCGAGGAGCCGCAGCCGCUGGCCGGCAACGCCACCGUCCACAUCAUCGUGGUGGACCAGAACGACAACGCCCCCGCCAUCGUCAGCCCCCUGCCCGGCCGCAAUGGCACCCCGGCGCGGGAGGCGCUGCCCCGCGGCGCCGAGCCGGGAUACCUGGUGAGCCGAGUGGCGGCGGUGGACGCGGACGACGGGGAGAACGCCCGCCUCACCUACAGCAUCGCGCGGGGCAACGAGGCCGGGCUGUUCCGCAUGGACUGGCGCUCCGGGGAGCUGCGGACGGCCCGCAGGGUUCCGGCCAAGCGCGACCCGCAGCGCCCCUACGAGCUGGUCAUCGAGGUACGCGACCACGGGCAGCCGCCGCUCUCCUCCACCGCCGCCGUCCAGAUUGUGCUGGUGGACGGGGCGGGCGAGCGGCCCGGCGGCGGCGGCCCGGGCGCGGGGACGGGCUCGGGGGGCGGUGGCGGCGGCGGCUCUGGAGAGCAUCGCCCCAGCCGCUCCGGGGGGGAUACCUCGCUUGACCUCACCCUUAUCCUCAUCAUCGCCCUGGGCUCCGUCUCCUUUAUCUUCCUGCUGGCCAUGAUCGUCCUGGCCGUGCGCUGCCAGAAGGAGAAGAAGCUCAAUAUCUACACUUGCCUGGCCAGCGACUGCUGCUUAGGCUGCUGCUGCUGCUGCCCUUGCUGCAGCCGGCAGGCGCGGGCCCGCAAGAAGAAGCUCAGCAAGUCGGACAUCAUGCUGGUUCAGAGCUCCAACGUGCCCAGUAACCCGGCGCAGGUGCCGGUGGAGGAGUCGGGCAGCUUCGGCUCCCAUCACCACAACCAGAACUACUGCUACCAAGUCUGCCUCACCCCUGAGUCCGCCAAGACCGACUUGAUGUUCCUCAAGCCCUGCAGCCCCUCUCGCAGCACCGACGCCGAGCACAACCCCUGCGGGGCCAUCGUCACAGGCUACGCCGACCAGCAGCCCGACAUCAUCUCCAACGGCAGCAUCUUGUCUAGCGAGACGAAACAUCAGCGUGCUGAGCUCAGUUAUCUAGUUGACAGACCCCGACGAGUAAACAGUUCUGCAUUCCAGGAAGCAGACAUAGUAAGCUCUAAGGACAGUGGUCAUGGAGACAGUGAGCAAGGAGACAGUGAUCAUGAUGCCACUAAUCGAGGUCAAUCCUCUGGCAUGGAUCUCUUCUCCAAUUGCACGGAGGAAUGUAAAGCACUGGGCCACUCAGAUCGGUGCUGGAUGCCUUCCUUUGUCCCAUCUGAUGGACGCCAAGCUGCAGAUUACCGCAGCAAUCUGCACGUACCUGGCAUGGACUCCGUUCCAGACACUGAAGUGUUUGAAACACCAGAAGCCCAGCCGGGGGCAGAAAGGUCCUUCUCCACCUUUGGCAAAGAGAAGGCCCUUCACAACAGUCUGGAGAGGAAGGAGUUGGAUGGACUGCUGUCUAAUACACGAGCGCCUUACAAACCACCAUAUUUGACACGGAAAAGGAUAUGCUAGUCACUUCUACAGGACUUACCUGAAGCAGCAUGAUUUGCACAAAAGUCGACCAACAAAAAGCAUCAACUUUCAACUUCAUUAUCUUGGCCAUCCAGUUCUGUGUAACUGAAGGAUUUGUGUGCUGUUGGAGACAUCAUGGCCAACAAUAGGACCUAAUUGCUCUCAGCAGGCCUGAGAAAUGAGUUGAAAUGUGUAGAACUGUAGAAACUUAAGAGGCAACUGAUCUUGCCUCUCUGAUCAGUGUGUGCCUGUUUACAGCACUAUAUAUCUUUCUCUCUCCAAAAUGUCACUGAGCCCUUUAGAUGUUUAUAUUCACCACAAGAAGCCAAUCGUACAGAUAAAAGAGAUGUGCAUUAUAAAUGCAAUAUCACUGUUUUAAACUUGACUGUUUUAUAUUAUUUUUGUGUGAUCGAGUGUUCCCCAAACUAUUCCAACUUUACAAGAGAGAUUGUGAUCAUGUUCUUUUCACGUGUGGGUCAUAAAAAUGUUGUUAAUCUGAAGACCCACAAAAUUAUCAAAGACAUUCUGUAGUUUAUACACCGUGUUGCAAAGUGUUUACUGUACUAUUUCAAAGCUUCUAAAUAAAUAUAAAAUAUAUAUAUAUAUUAUAUUAUAUAUAAUUUUCCGAAAAACGUGGUACAACUUAGUUGAUUUUUAAAUGGAUUCAUGCAGUCUACACCAUACACUAAAGUGAGAAGAUAAUUCAGGGUUCCUAAGCUAUCCUUGCUAAAAACAAAAAUAAAAUAAACCUUUAAUAGUACUUCCCCAAUAUUCGUAUUUUGGUCAAUCCUGUUUUUCUUGUUAAAAAAAAAAAAAGCUGUAAGCAACAACAUUUUGUCUAAAAAUUGUAAUGAAUUUUCAAUGCCAAAGAUGCAGCUGUCAAUAUUACCCGAAUGAGCGCUAUGUACUAUCAGAGGUAUAAAUCACUCUCCAUUAUUUUGAUUAUGUUUCUAUGGUUUUUAAUUUAGAAUCACAAAAUCUUUUUCAAGGCUCUAUAAAUUCACCUGUAUAUGUUGUUAAAAAGAACACUGGGUGUCUGUACAUUUUGCAAUGUAAGAUAUAAUGUAAGUGAAGUUAAGUAUUUUAAGAAUAUCAUCCCAAGCUCAUAAAUACUCAUACAUACAUACAUACAUACAUACACAUACACAAACACCCACACAUCUCUCUUUGACAUAGUUUUGUGAAACUAUACAAAUAUAUUGCCUAAAAAUAUUUCUCUUGUGGCUAGGAAUAGUUGUUGAUAGAAUUGAAAUUACAAAGGCAAAGUAUUUGCCAAACUAUUGACUCUUUUAUCACAAAGGAGAUUUCCAAUUAGGAACAUGGCACAUUCUCAGCUGACCCCUCUCCCACUGGAAUAAAAAUGGUGUUGGCCACCGUCUUUGUUGGGAAAAGGAUUAAGCCCUUGCAUAUAAUCUUUAUGUUCUGUAAUAAUUCUGUGGUCUGAAACAGUAUCUUAGAGCGUUUCUUUUCUAUGAAAUAUUGAAAAAAAGUAAAAUUUCAAAGGUAAAGUUUAAAAUUACUUUCAUGUCCAUGGAGUUUAAGUACCAUUUACUAAAUGUAAAAAUCUAGUAAAAUGGUUUUUUCUUUUGGUUUUUUUUUUUGUAUUGUGGUUUUUUCCCCCCACCGUAUCUUCGUAUGCCAAAUAUUGAAAACAAAUGAGAGCACACUAUGUUAUCAACCAAUGUUUAGCCAAAUUGGAACCAAUUCCUAGUGAUGAUUCAAUAUUAAGUAAGACAAGAGAAAAUGUCCUAUUGUUUGCAGUGGAAUUUGGAUCAUACCAUUAUAUAGGAAUUCUGCUGUUCCCACCAAUGCUGCCACAGGAUGAACGUGUAGGCAGCCACUACCACGUUGUGAUGGAGUUUGGGUUUCUUCCUUUUGUUUGUUGGUUUUGGUUUUUCUUGUGAUUUAUAAUGACAGUUUCUGUUAGGUAGGAGAAUAUAAAUCACCUGUAUGGAAACUGCCCUGCUCUGGAUCCAAACAAAUUCCUUAUCAAAUUACAAGAGUUCUUUGUACAACCAGUGGACCAAACCCUGAAGGUUAAUUUAAUACUCCAAACAAAAAAAAAUAUGCUUGUUGAACACUUUUAAUGUAUACAUCUAGCACAUUUGUAUAACUACAAAUUGUUGUAUGGGAUCCUUUUAAAAAUGUAUAUAUUAUACAAAACCCAAACAAACAAACAGCAACAAUAGCUGUUGAUUGAGCAAACACAACAGUGAAUUGUUCCUCAAGCCGUAGGUAGCAGAACUUGUAGUCACCUACAGGCAUUGUUAAUUUUAUGAAGAAAAGCAAUGAAAUUUGUGACAAGUAUUUCAUUUAAGGAGUUUUUAUAUUCUUGUCUCUGCUUUUAAAGUAAGAAAGUCCUUGCCCUUCUUAAAACUGUUUUUUGUUUCUAAGUAACUUUUUAAUAUGGAUAUUUGCUGUAAAUUAUGGUCUUUGGGAGAAAAAGGAAAUGGUUUUUGUUUCUGUUUCAUUAACAGUCAAAGUGUUUUUAUUUAAUGAAACUACCUUCACAUUUUGUAUGCCGUUUUUUCUGGAAAAUCAACUGUAUCAUACUCUGUCAUUAAUUUCCAAAAGUGAACUCUUACCAUCAACAGUGUGAUGUACACACACAUUUAUUUAUCUUUUUUAUUUUUAUUUCAUGUUAAAUACCAUAGGCACUGGUCCGUGUAUACACAGAAAUCCUUCUGAGUUCUCUGAGAGAGUCCCAGGGGGAAUCAUGCUAGGAUGCAGAACUGUCAAGGAAAAGGAAGAUUUUAGGUGCUACAGCCUGAGCUCUCGAAAUAAAGAUGUAGCUUUUGCUGAUUUCCCUAGCUCACUGUGAAUUUUGGUACAGCGACAUUUAAUGAUACAAGCCUUAGGACACAUUAAAAACCAAAUUGGGCAGUACAGAGGCUCAAUUUCUCCCAUUUCUUUGUUUUAGUGGGGAAGAGACCUGUUGCAUCCAGCCACCUCUCACUGAAAUUGUCUUGCUCAGCAUCUCCCAUGUAUUCCAUCACGCUACUAGUGCCUAUCUGCAGAGAUAGGUAUGUAAAUGCCUUUAAACAUCAGCUUUUGUAUUUUCCUCUUCCUUUAAGCGUUUGUGAUGCAAAUGUUGAAGGAUUCUGAUUUGUAUAUUGGACACAACAGUGAACUGAAGUAAUCAGGAAACAUUUAGAUUGGAUAUUAAGGGGAAAUAUCAAUACCCAUAAAACUGGGAUAAGAAAAGUUUCCAAAAACAGUUCAAAAAUACCUAUCAGGGAUGAUAUAAGGGUAUUUAAACUUGCCUCAGAGAAAAAGCAUGGACUAGGCUCUCAGUCUUGUUCUGUAAUGGUCCUAGUAGGACAUGCUAAGGCUUGGAGGAUGUGAUCUGUGCACAACUGUAGGGGUAAGAAUGUUCUAUCCUUCAAUUAGCUAUUAGAAGCAAUAUUUAAUGUUUAAAUGUACAAUUUAUGAGCAUAAUAGAAUAAGCUGUCUGUGUGAAGAACUGUCUUUCUUUACUGAAGUAAAUUAGAGUUCAAGCACAGAAGACAGGGUCUUAUAAAGGAUAACGAAAUAGAAUCAGGUCUGUAAAUCUUUUUUUGAAUUCCUGAUUUAGAUAUGUAGCAAUGGAUUUCUAAGCAGCUUGCCUAUUCAAAUUCUUCAAAACCAGACUUUUGUUUCUUCUGGAUGGAUUCUUCCAAAACUUAGAAAUAUUAAAACAUUUCACUACCUGAAAUAAAAUUCCAAUCAUUUAAUACAAGUUUUUACUAAUCUGCUUAUUGAGGGAAAGAAAAGAAGUAUUUCCAUGAACAGAUUCUCAAAUUAUUUGAACAAGGUGUAGUAAUGUUUUGUUGGUAUUGUUGCAAAAUUAAGUGAAAUGAAAAUACAGAGAUAAAUACAAUUUGUAAGGAUUCCCACAUUAUAGCCACUAUAUAGUUGUGAGGGGAGAUAUGUGUGUGCAUAUAAUUAUAAUUCAAAUUCUGGUAAGUUGCCACAGGAUUUUUUUCUUACAUAAAUAUGCUCCUUUCAGUAAAUGCAAAUAGAAGGGCAGAAACACAUGUUUGGUACUAUAAAACUAGACUUGUUCCUCAGUAAUAAUGGAUUUUUGCAUUCAAGAAUUACAUUUGACCCCUUCUUCAUGCAUUAGACCCAUAACCAAGCACACAACUCAGUUUUUGACUUCCAAAAUGUUACCUGCUCAUAGAAGGGUUUUUUUUGUUAUUUUUUAAAGUAAUAUCAUUCCUCAGGGUAAAGGGUGGAUAGAUAGUCUUCCUAGGCUGAUAAAUUGCCAUUGCAAUUUUGCAAGGCUGUUAAAUAUUUGUAUGUCUUACAUGGAGAAAGUUGAUCUUAUCCUGCCAUUGUUCCAUGUUCAAGUCUUGAGUUUUAUGGCAUUUGGACUUGUGAAUUAAAAUCUCUACGUAGGUAUAGGGGCCAAAAUAAGCAUCUUUUAUAUACAUUUAGUUAUUGCAAUUUGAUUGCAAAACAUUAGCAUCAGAUGUCUAUAAAAAAUAGAAAGUUGUUUAUUCUAUUUGCAGUAAUGUAAAAGGCAGCCAGUAGGAUUUUAUUAUAAUACUGUGCCAUGAGAAAUUCUUAAACUGUGAGUUAAAUCCUUUGCACUGAUCCCUACAAUCAGAGAUCAAAUUCUUCUUAAAGAGCUCCUUUAUUUCAUUUUGUCUUUAAGAAAUGUAUACAUAUAUAUAAACAAAUACACACAGCCAUUGUUGAGCAUCUGUGCUUUUGUAGAUAACCUCAUAUGUAAGAAAUGAGCAAGAACUAACUUGGACAGCUUUCUUGAAUUGUUUUUGAAUUUGAAUUUGUUAAUAAAGUUCAUGAUAUUAACAGACAUCAA